GAUAAGCAGCGAGAUUAUUCAGUUCAUUUGAAAUCAUUUCCCCUGUGGCAUUGUACAGUAUGUGUGAGAAGAGAUUAAUACAAUGGAUGCUUAAGCAAGAGUGGUGUGCCAUUAGCUGCUGUUUGUCUAAUCCAGCAUUGUGUUUCAAAGUGUGACUACACUGUGUGAGUUAUUGCGGCUUGUGAUGAUAAAGGUGGACUGAUAUUUGUGGAAGUGCGUGUGAUGUGGGUCUGUGUGUUAUAAAAGAUAAAGGGGAGAUCCCUUUGAGUGAGCUCCUGUGUUGAGUGGCUUUAUCUGUGUUGGGAAAUGUGGAGAAUGCGUUUGAUGUUAAGAAGAGCAGGAGUGUGUGUGUGUGUAUCUCUGUGUGUGUGUGUGAGAGAGAGAGAGACGGAGAGAAAGAAAGCUUGGACUGAUGCAAGCUCACAUCUUGAUGUUCUUCACUUUUAGUUUCUAGUGCAGCCAACACUGCACUGAUUACGAAAUGUUUUGUUCUGAGAUCUGUGAGAGUGAAACCCAGAUUUCUCGCUGACGAUACCUAGAAAGGCUGAAAUUUAAAGCAAAGGUGUAUUUGCAGGAUAAAGAAGGGUGUCCUCGUGUUGCACUGGUAGCUGUACCUUAUGACCAGUGCUGCUGUUGGCUGCUGAGCAGCUGUAUUGCAGCAGCUGCAGGAAACGGUGCUUUGCCAAAGGGCAUUUCCACAGUACUUGUUCUUGUCAGGUGUUCCAUAAGUCUUCACAUUCCUGAUGGAUGAAACAUGCAGCAAAAUUAUUCGAUACUGAAAGAGAUAUUCUUCCUACUAUGCUGAUGACUGUGUUACAUACAAUAGAAUUUAUUUUUAGGGAGUCACUCAGUGUGAAGAGCAGGGUGCCUCGGCGAGUGCUUCAAACAGACGACUCAGUUCAUGUUUUUCCUGCUGAGGUGAGGUGUUCACAGGCAAAGCAGUGAAUGCCUUCCAGCCUCAGGACGUGUCUUUGUAACUAAUCAUGACCUCUGACCUCCAUAAGGAAGGCGGCACCAGAAAAAAAAAAAAAAAAAAAAGAAUUUACCCACAGGGAGCAAUAAAGUAUCAGAUGUUCACAUAGAUCAGCAGCUGAUUCAAAGCAUGACUGCUCCAUGAAAAGAAUUUGGUUUUCAGACAAGUUUAGUGUCAAGUUUCUGAAAGAUUGAAAAAUGAUGCUUUACAAGAAACACUCUAACCUCACCUGUGUUAUGAUUAAAACUGGGAUGAUUAGGUCAAUUUAGGUCCAGGAGAUCACAUGUCAGUCAGACACAGUGCUCUUUUCCUUGUCUGUCCAGUCCUGACAGGCAUCACUGCUCAUGCUACCCACUUCUUCUUCUAUUUAUUCCAAACAAACCAGAAGCAAAAUGUAUCACCGUUCUCCACACCAGCAGAAUGUUCCCAGAACUGUAUAACUGGAUAGGCUGAAUCACAGCUGUCACAAGUUUAUGUAAACGCUUUUAAUGUAUCUGUCAAAGAGCCAGUGGAUUGUGUUCUGCAGAAUACAGCAGAAAAUAUGAGGGACAGGAAACAGAGGUGAGAAUGUCAGUAAGGCCAUGGGUUGGACUCUUAGCCGGGGCUUCUGUUGUCUGUGCCGCAGAAAGAGGACUCACUGUCAUUUGUCAAACAGGACAGCACACCUGGUGUCUCCUCCGUGACAGACAGAGGUAUGCACAUUCAUUCAUUUUCAUGCGUGUGUGGGUGUGUGUGUAAUGACUGAGUUGUUCUUAAGUUUCCCACUUCAGGCGAAUUGCAACACUGAGCGAAGCACAAGAUGACAGGGACACAUGGAAUGUUUAUGUAGUGUUUGUGAGUGUGUGACCUCUGUGUGAGUUGUGUAAAUCUGAGAGGCGUUUAGCUGAAGCAGGACAGGAUGUAAUAGAUUCUUGGAUUCCUUUUUUUUUUUACAAGCUCACACAACAUUCAUAAAUCUCUUUGAGAAGUAGAUAAAGCAGCCAAAUUUAUAAACCUGUAAUUUUAUUGAAAGUGAUAUUGUUGCAUGCGAUCACCAGAAUGUCCAACUUAAAGGUUGUCCAAGUGACCCUGAGUCAAAGGUGUCUGCUCACCUGUGAAAAGAAAAUACACCCUUAUACUUUGCAUUUCUGGGUCUGUUUUAUAUUUCACACCCACUGUAUGGGGGUUGUCAAAAAGUAUCCUGGGAAAUGUAGGAGAGAAGCGGGGAGAACACUUCGAUGUUGAAUAUAACAGAUGAGAUCGAGGAGUGUAAAUGAAAAUCCGAGUGUGGAUUUUUUUUCUUUACAUGAUGAAAACAAAAGAAAUCAUCCUUCCUUCAAAGAAGGCUCACAUGAAGGCCUGGAGCCAAAUAUAUACAAGAGUCAAGUGGAUGAUUUAGGUGCUGCUGGUGUCCUCACUUAACCCUCUGCAGACUCAAACACCAGCAAAAUGUUGUCACUUAAGAGGGCCGUCCUCAUCGUGCUAUCUAUGUAAGACACACACAUACAUAUACAUACACACUCACAGCAGAGGGUAGUUCUUAAAGUUGUCGACAGCCACACACACUGCCAUUUACACUUGAACACUCAAGUGUGCACCAACAGAGCAACACCAUAAAUAUAGAAAUAGUUUGGCGACAGUUGUACGCAGGCGGGUCUAUACACACACACGCACACACACUCACAAACCACAGUCUGGCCAGCUGCUUUGGGAAGACGAGAGGUUUUGAAUGGGAGUGACAGCUGUGGAUUCCUCAGGAUGAAGGAGGGAGAGAGAGAGAGAGAGAGAGAGAGAGAUGGGGUGAGCAAGAGAGGGAAUGAGUGUGUGUGUCAGUGGGAGCCAGAACGACAAAGAAAGAGACAGACAAGUAGGAAUGAAAAGAGGUGGGGUGUUUCAGAGAGGGAAGACUAAUGAUUUAUUUUUCUUUUUUCCUCAACCAGAUUUAGAUACUUGAUUCUUUUCAUGCAAUAGAGUGCAGUGAACUUAAUUAAACUGAAAGAAAAGGAGGGAUUAGAGACUUAAUGAAAGAGAGGAAGACUGUGUCAUCACAAAGUUUUUAACAUGAAGCCAGGACUUAGGCUCUCACACCACAAUGAUACUCUUUUCAGUAAUUUCCUUACUGUCUUUGUCGACAAAAAAAAAGAAACACAUUGACAAAAUUAUUAUUUCCCUGAAUUAUUUCCCAUAUUCAGCGUAACACACACACACACACACACAAACAUACAGUUCAGCUCUUACUCAGCUGGUACAAAGAGAGACAGAGACAGAGAGCUUCCAGGGUAUGUGAGCAUGUGAUCCUAACUGUCAGUACCAGACUAUUCAUAGAAAUCCUGUGUUGCACAAGGCUCAUUUUGCAACUCUGUAGAUUUUUGUAGCGUAUGCAGCUUCACCUCCUGCACCUUGUACUCUGUUUGAGUAAUAAUCACUGCUAUUACUAAUAAAUUUAUAUACUGAACACUGAUUGUUAUAAACAACAGCGAAAGACAUAUAGCUACUGUGGCUUUCAAAAUAGUGACUCUAUAAAUAUCUGGUAGGUACUUCUCUGGGAAAAAACUCUGGUUACAGGAACUGAUGAGUUUUAUGAUUCCAAAUCGCUAGAUUUAACAAAGGAACAAAAAGGAAGAACUGGGUAUUGUGAUGAAGUGUAACUCUGACCAUGGUUGACCAGACGAAAAAAAAAAAAAAAACACACACACACACACACACACAGCAUCACUUUCAGAAACUCAGAUGUCAUCAGACAGAAAGUCCAGGGAGAGAGAUGUCACAUUGCUGCAGCCAGGCUUUGUGGCAGUGCCCGUGUCGUGUGCGGCCUUGUUUCCCAUGGACCUCAGGGUGGGAGAGCGGGGGAUGCGCCCUGGUUCGGACACGGCGCUCCUCACCCCACUGCACCCGCCUUUACUCCUCACCCAGUUCUCCUCCCAGCCCUGCACCUCCUUCUCCCAACAGCAACUGCACCAACAAAUCAGGUUUAAUGUGGAGCAGCGGAGGCGGGAGCAGGAGCACCAUGAGAAACAGCAGGAGCUGCAGCAGCUAAAACACAAAGACAAGAGUCAACAAAGUGCAGUGGCCAGUUCCCUGGUGAAACAGAAACUCCAGGAGGUGAUUCUUAAGAAGCGGAAACAGGCGGCGCAGGAAAGAACAAGCUCCAACACUCUGACUGCAGGUCCUGUAGCAUACAGAAAGCUGGGCCCAGACCCAAGUGUAGCCUCCCAGCCUCUGGUCUCAUCUCCGUCUCAGCCGUCCCCUGAGGGUUCAGAAGGGACGCCGCUCCGCAGAGCAGCGUCUGAGCCCAAUCUGAAGGUGAAACACAAGCUGAAGAAACACCUUAACACCCGCAAGAGCCCGCUCACCCGUAAAGAGAGUGCCCCGCCCACUGUCAAACACAGAGUACCUGACACACUGGACUCGUCCCCCAGCAGCAGUAGCACUCCAGUCUCUGGCUGUAGUUCUCCUAAUGACAGUCUGCCCAAUGAGAAUGGGCUACUGCCAUCUGCAGGCGGCCUCUCACAUGAGGCCCAGAAGCUGCUGCUCAGAGAUGGCACGCUAGCUAACUUCACCAUCCAGAGUCCCUCCACUCUGCCCACCAUCACACUGGGACUACCAGCCAACGCCAGGACUGAAGGAGAGCUGUCCUCUCUGAAGGUCGGCCGGGUGCCUGUGGUUACGGCCGGGGGCUCGCCGGUCUUCCUCCCUCUGAGCAGAGAGGACCAAGCUGGGCACCCUCACCUGCCUGUCAUCAUUCUGGAGCCCUCUGGACUGGUACACACUCCACUACUCACUGUUCCAGGCCUAGACUCUGUCCCAUUGCAGUUUGCCUCCCAGUUAGACCACCUGUCUCCUGGAGGUGCUCAGCCCCACAAGCCCUUGAGCAGAACGCGCUCAGAACCUCUUCCUCAGAGCCCAAGGACCCUUCAUUCACAUCUGCUCCAGCAACAGCAUAACACACAACUACUGGAGAGGCUCAAACAGCAGACCCACCUAGGCAAGCUGAUGUCAAAGUCCAGCGAGAAGCCCAGACUGCACCAGAUCCCCUCUGAGGAUAUGGACUCAGAGGAUGGUGGUGGGAUGUCGCCCACAGAGCCGGCCUAUCAGAGCCGAGUGCGGGCGGAGUCACUGAGGGAGGCGGAGUCAACGCCAUCCAAGAGCCACGAAGAGCAACUUAACCUGCAACAUGCACUCAUACUCAACCAGUCAUUGCUAUGGGAACAGCAGAAGCAGCUGCAGCAGCUGCAUCGACAGAUGGAGACCCUGGCAGUACCCGUGUUACGCGGCAGCGGCAGUGGCGGGGUUGGUAGCGGGUUGGGUGUCCAUCGCCCCCUGUCACGUACACAGUCAUCCCCAGCCUCCACCUCCCUCACUCUGCCUGAGAAGACCCUGCUGGCCCCGCAGGAUACCAGCAGCAAACCACGUUUCACUACAGGCCUGGUGUAUGACUCACAAAUGCUUAAGCACCAGUGUACAUGUGGAGACAACAGCAGUCACCCAGAGCAUGCUGGGAGGAUACAGAGCAUCUGGUCUCGACUACAGGAGAGAGGCCUGAGGGGACAGUGCGAGAGUAUUCGUGGUCGUAAAGCCACUCUGGAGGAGCUGCAGUCAGUCCAUACAGAGCGCCAUGUGUUGCUCUAUGGCACCAACCCGCUCAACAGACUCAAACUGGAUAACCGCAAACUGGCCGGAAUCCUCUCUCAGAGAAUGUUUGUGAUGUUGCCAUGCGGGGGAGUAGGGGUUGAUAAUGACACAAUCUGGAAUGAGUCACACACCUCUACGGCGUCACGCAUGGCGGCAGGCAGCGUCGUUGAGCUGGCCUUCAGAGUGGCCAAAGGAGAACUAAAGAACGGCUUUGCUGUGGUCAGACCACCAGGGCAUCAUGCAGACCCCUCCAAUCCCAUGGGUUUCUGUUACUUUAAUUCAGUGGCCAUAGCCGCCAAGCAGCUCCAACACAAGCUGAGCGUCAGCAAGAUCCUCAUCGUUGACUGGGAUGUGCACCAUGGUAACGGCACCCAGGAAGUGUUCUACAGCGACCCCAGCGUUCUGUACAUCUCGCUUCAUCGUUAUGAUGACGGGAACUUCUUCCCUGGCAGUGGGUCGCCGGCUGAGGCUGGUUCUGGAGCAGGUGAAGGCUUCAACGUCAAUGUAGCAUGGACGGGAGGACUGGACCCACCCAUGGGAGAUGCUGAGUACCUGGCUGCAUUCAGGUCGGUAGUGAUGCCCAUCGCCCAGGAGUUCUCCCCGGAUGUCGUUCUGGUGUCAGCUGGAUUUGAUGCUGCUGAGGGUAACCCUGCUCCUCUGGGAGGGUACAAGGUCUCUGCCAAAUGUUUCAGCUUCCUGACCCGCCAGCUAAUGUCCCUAGCAGGGGGUCGUCUGAUUUUGGCCCUUGAGGGAGGUCACGACCUUACAGCUAUUUGUGACGCGUCUGAAGCCUGUGUCAGUGCACUCUUGGGCAUACAGGAUCCACUGCCAGAAGAAGUCCUACUUCAGAAGCCCAACGCUAAUGCAGUCCACUCCCUGCAGACUGUCAUCCAGAUACAAAGUCAGUACUGGCAGAGUGUGAAGGCUCACAGUGGAUCAGUGGGUCUGUCCUACCUGGCCGCUCAGACAAGAGACUGUGAGGAAACAGAUGCUGUCAAUGCUUUGGCCUCGCUCUCUGUGGGAGUCCUCUCCAACAAGAGCCUUACUGAUGAGCCAAUGGAGCAUGACAGUGACUCCAUGUAGAAGAAUCCGACCAAUCACCUCACAGAACUCAGAACUUUCAGGAAUUGGGCCCAACCUGUAGCCUCGGAUCUCUUGCGCUGUCACAUAAGGGGACGCGUUUGUAAUGCCACUGAGCCCCACCCAUGUCUGCCUUAUUCAUAUACAUGCACAUCCACCAACCCACAAUGCUGAACCUCUACAGACCUGCCGUAUGAGCACCUCAAUGCUGGUAACCACUCAGCUGAAGCCGGCAGCACUACCUGCAGCUGGGAAACCUCCUGAAACCUCACCAAAGAGCAAUACAAGAUGAUUUUUUAAUAGACUUUUCACGUCUCCUGACUGACAAUGGAUUGUCUUUAUGUUUAGAGGUCCAGAUCCACAGCUCUGUGACCACAAACCUUAUAAGAACAGACAGAGCCCAGCUCUGAUUCUCCUUGAAGUGCUAUGUACCAGCAGCUGUUUUGUUGCCUUAAUUUUGCCUUAAUGAAAGGACCAACAUCUGGUUUCACAAGGAGACAAAUUGGGAUUGUAAAUUCUUUUUUCCUGUGCCCCUUUGCUUCUCUUAUCAAAGCUGAAGCAAAGGGGAUGCAAAAUUGCUGACGCAGAAUGAACCUACUGUAUUACAUCAGGUGGAAGCAUGUACUGUACACAUGCAUACACCUGAUGAAUAAGAUGCAAAAAUAUCAACAAAGAAGAAAUGGCCACAACCAAAAGAAAGAAUACGGAACAGAAGACACAGAGAUUGUCUGUUUUAAAGAUGUCAUUACAUGCAGUUUAACCACUAAAGGAAGACAACAAAGAACUCAAGGGAAAGAGAGAAAAUGAAGACACAAAAUGGACAACUGUGGUUUUGUAGAAUCAAAGAAAGGGCAAAUGGCCUUGUUGUUUAAUUGCACUGUUCAUUCCAUAAUGUGAACCAUAAGGAAUUCCAAAGCUCUGGGAAAAAAAGAAAAACAACUCCUCUCUCUAGGUUAUUUAAUAGUUUUGUGAAGAUUUGGAUGAAAUGGUGUUUGUUCUGUUUAUUCCCACUCUUUAUGAAAUGUCUUAUGAAGUCUCCGACUCAUUCUAAGGACACGUAUUGGCCGAAAUACUGUACAGUUGUGUUUCCUAUGAAGUUAGUCUGAAAAGUAGGCAAGAUUAUAAGAGUAGGAUUAUUUUUCAGUCCUUUUCAGUGUCUUAGAUGCUCACACAUACACAUAUACAUACUUACACACACGGACAAAACGGUGAUAAACUAUCAGUGUACCACUAGUAUUGAAUACUGUAUAUUAUUGUUUAUAUUUGAGACUAAAGGAGCAUUCAUUCCACUGAGGACCACUGCAUUGUUCUAGAGUGGCAAUAAUGUUAAUGCACUUAAUGGACAUCACCCAAAGAAAACUGCCUUAAAACAGCCUGCACUUGGCAACAGGACUGUAUGCAAGCAACACGAGGGACCAGUAUGGACACUGCUGUUACAGUGACUCUACUUUUAAAAGACGAAAUUUGAACCUGUGGAUUUAGGUGAACGUCAUAUAUACAGACUUUUGUAUUCUGUUUGAUGAUGAGCACAGUGACCUGGCCUGGUUUGAAUGUUGUGUUCAUUAUCUAAAAACAAAAAGAAAAGUUUUGGAGUUCCACGCUUCAUCACAGUCUAAUUAAGCAAACUAAUGCAUUGUGUUUUGUUUGAAAGUGAACUUGAGUGUUUUCUCUGCAACUGUGCUUAGUAGCUGCACUUCUUGCCAUGUUACAAUCAACCCUAGACAACACCAUGCUAAACAUGUCAGUGCAUCAUCACUGUAGCGGAGGUCAUGUUGAUCAUUCAUCUGAAGAACUUUCCGACCCUGCUAUAGAGGCAUAUGAGGGCUCUGCAUUCCCAAAGUAAAAGUAACAAGAUCAUGUUUUUUAGUUUGGAGGUUAUUGUGUAGCAGAAUAAAGUCUGUUGAAGUCCAUUUUUCAUGCACACUAGGUAAUUUAGGUGUUUGAUGACCAAUGCUAAUGUUUUUAAAUUAGAGCUGCAGAUAGCUGAGUCUAAAUAAUUAAAUUUGACAGCAGCAUCCAGACACUAAAACUCUCAAACUGAGACUAAUGAAAUUCAUAUUUGACUAGCACUCCUUAGAGCAGAGGUGUCCAAACUUUUCCACAAAGGGCCAACCAAUCAGCAGCACACCAGACUUGACUCCCCUUAAUCAAUUGAUCUUACUCUUCAGACAGUUGAUUGGUCAAACUGUGUUCUCUUGAUUGGUUGGAACAAAAACCUGCAGCUACAUGGCCCUUUGUGGAUUAGUUUGGACACCUCUGCCUUAGAGCUUUCCUUUGAGUUUUUUACACCCAUUAUUGGAUUUAAAGCAGCACAAUCCAAUUUUCAACUCUCAUUGGCAAAGAUUUGAUAAAAAGAGACUAGAUUUGCCGUUUGUGUGUAAAUGCAGCUUUUGCAAAAUCUAGACUGAAAUGAGCACUAUCCACACAGCUGGUUCAUUUGCCUGGCUGAAGGAAAUAUUGUCAGUUUCACAUCCAGGGAGGGAAACUGUGUGAGUAUUCAGUCAACUUUAGCCAGACUCUGGGCAUCGUCUGCUCAACAGAAGGUCUAAAAGCUUUUAUAUUAGACAAGAAGACAGUAGGUCCUUCUGAGGUCCCUCUGCUGUUGCACUACUGCUCCAUCCCAGUAGGAAUUAUUAAGAAAAUGUUGCAUGGGGGAUUGGUAUUCUGUAAUAAGUGCAACUGAAUAGUGUGUCAUUCUUUUAGUGUUGUUCAUAGUAUUCUUAACAGCAAGUGACAGCAAACAAAAUGCUGUGUCUGUCUCAUACAGCGUGCACAGGAGAUGCAUGUGGUGUCUAUGAAGUAAAUGUCUGUGUCAAUGAGUGUAUGUGUGUCAGCGUUUGUGUGUGAGCGAGAGAGCGUCUGUGACUGCAUGUGCACUAGUACAUACUGUAUGUAAACUUCUGUCAUGUGUUUUCAUUUGUAGGUGUGAGUAUGUGUGUGUGUGUUUGUGUUCCUGUCUAAUACUGUAAGUGACCUCUCCUGUAUUAUAUUCCCAGUGACUGUUUUUUUUUUUUUUUGUCUUAUGUAGAGGCCAGUAUUGCCUCAGUUCUUAAUUCCCUUUAUUACUGAUGUCAUUUGUACCUUCUUCUUAAAGAAAGACACUGUAAAUAGAAAUAAAUAGAAAAGACCAAAAUACACAUGUCA